CUCUCAGCUUUAUAUAUCCUUUCUUGUUAUAUUUCAAUUGGUAUAAACACUAUACAUUUAUACUGAUCAAAGAAACUCAAAAAAUGGUGUCCUACUUGGUGCCCCUAAGGCUUGCAAAUUGGGUCAUGAACCAAGUGCUUGUUAAAUCAUGUUAUGGAUUUUCUAGGAAACUUAAAAGCCUUGGGUUUCAUUGGGGUGAUCUUUCAUCCAAACCCUUGCAUCAACCCUCCCCUUUCCCUAAUAUUACCAAGUGCGAUUUGGAGGGUAGAGGGUCACAAACCCUAGCUUGUGACUUUCACAAAGUCCUCUUAAGGACUCACUCCUUCUUUCCCUAUUUCAUGCUUGUUGCAUUUGAAGGAGGAAGCAUUUUUAGGGCAUUCCUCUUGCUUUGUUCAUGCCCUAUAUUGUGGAUCUUAAACUAUGAAAUGAAGCUUAGGGUCAUGAUCUUCAUUUCCUUUUGUGGUCUCAGAAUGAAGGACAUGGACAACACUUCAAGGGCAGUUUUGCCAAAGUUCUACUUGGAGAACCUCAACCUGGAGGCCUAUGAGGUAGUGGCUUCAGUAGGGUCCAGAGUUUUCUUCACCACUAUGCCUAGAGUGAUGGUAGAAGGGUUUCUGAAGGAGUAUUUGAAUGCUGAUGCUGUUAUAGCCACAGAGUUGCACACUGCUGGCUGUUACUUCACGGGUUUUCUCUCUAAGUCUGGUUUGCUUGUGAAGCAUAGUGCCCUCAUGGAUUAUUUUGGAGACACAAAACCUGACCUUGGGAUCGGUAACGCAAGUCUUCAAGAUCAACUUUUUGUUUCUCUUUGCAAGGAGGCGUAUGUGGUGAUCACUGAAGAGGGAAAAGUGAUGCCAAGAAACAAAUAUCCAAAGCCCUUAAUAUUUCAUGAUGGAAGGCUAGCAUUUUUGCCUACUCCUUCAGCAACCCUCUUCAUGUUCACGUGGCUUCCACUUGGAUUUCUGAUGGCCAUUUACAGAAUUUUUCUUGGGGUUUUCCUUUGUUGCAAAUUUACAUUGGCAUUAGGAAUAUGGAGUGGCCUAAUUCUGAAUUUCAAUGACAAGAACCAACAAAGAUCUGAGUCAAACAAAGGGGUGCUCUAUGUGUGUAGCCACAGGACUCUCAUGGAUCCAAUUUUUCUUAGCAUAAUGUUGGGGAGGCGUUUGACUGCUGUCACAUACAGCUUAAGCAAGGUUUCUGAGUUGAUAGCUCCAAUUAGGACAAUGAGACUCACAAGGGAUAGAAAACAAGAUGGGGAAACUAUGAAAAGGUUACUUUGUGAAGGGGAUUUGGUGGUGUUCCCUGAAGGAACAACUUGUAGGGAGCCAUAUUUACUAAGGUUCAGUUCCUUGUUUGCAGAACUUGCUGAUGAGAUUGUGCCUGUGGCUAUGAAUGCUCAUGUGACCAUGUUUUAUGGGACCACAGCCAGUGGACUAAAGGUCUUGGACCCUAUUUUCUUCUUCAUGAACCCUUGGCCAAGAUAUGACAUUCAAGUCCUUGAAAAGGUUCCUAGAGAACUCACAUGUGCUGGUGGAAGGUCUAGUCAUGAAGUGGCAAAUUACAUUCAGAGAGAGUUGGCUGAUGCUUUAGGGUUUGAGUGCACCAACCUUAAAAGGAGGGAUAAAUACAUGAUGCUGGCUGGGAAUGAAGGGGUUGUUCAAGAAAAGAAGGGGAGAAGAUUCUGCUAAUUAUGGAUGAAGUUUGUCCUUCAUUUGUUUGGAUUUUCAUGGGGUUUUUAAUUUGGAAAAUUGUUCCAUGUAACAUCUCUUUUUAUAUAUUUUUAAUUUCUUUUUCUGUAAAAUGUCAAGUCACUUCAUGUGUAGAGAGAGAAGAGGGUCAAAGAUUUUCAAUGUGAAUUGUGAAGUUUGUUUCUUCA